CCACACCUACAAAUUCUCGUCUCUCCAGCUCUCUCCUCUCUCCCUCUCUCUUCCCUUCAAUCCCCUCUCUGCAACUUGUUCCUCUGUCUUACUCUCUCUUUUGAUUCUUCUUCCUUCCUCUGUCCUCAACCAUGUCUGAUGAGGAGCACCACUUCGAAUCGAAGGCUGAUUCCGGAGCUUCGAAGACCUAUCCUCAGCAGGCCGGAACCAUUCGUAAGAAUGGAUACAUAGUCAUCAAGGGCAGGGCUUGCAAGGUUGUGGAGGUCUCAACUUCUAAGACUGGAAAGCAUGGUCAUGCAAAAUGUCACUUUGUUGGAAUUGAUAUUUUCAAUGCAAAGAAGCUUGAAGAUAUUGUUCCUUCAUCCCAUAACAGUGAUGUUCCCCAUGUUACUCGUACGGACUACCAGCUGAUAGAUAUCUCUGAAGAUGGAUUUGUGACUCUGUUGACUGAAAGUGGGGGCACCAAGGAUGAUCUCAGGCUCCCAACAGAUGAGAGUCUGUGCUCCCAGAUUAAGGAUGGUUUCAGUGAGGGCAAAGACCUGGUUGUAACUGUUAUGUCAGCCAUGGGGGAGGAGCAGAUCUGCGCUCUUAAGGACAUUGGUCCAAAGUAAGUCUGCGUCGGGUAAUGUGUGGCUAUCGUCUCUAAGUCUGUGUCGGGUAAUGGGUGCUAUCGUCUCAGUGCCUUUGCUUCUUUUACUUUUCGCUUUUCCAACCUUUUAUGCCAAAUGAUUUCCUUUUUGUAGUGCUUUUAGUUUCAGUUAUCAGGGACCAAAAUACAAAGUUUUACCCUGUCCCCAAGAAAAUAGCCUCUACUCUUGUUGGUUAUUGAGAGGUUUAACUGACAGGGCCUGUAAUAGAAGAAGAAACAAACCAGCCCAUAGGGCCUGAACAAACUUCCUCUGCAAUCUUUUUUUUUAAUUAUUUGAUAUUUUAUUUGAGUCAUGGUUGGUUGGUUAUGAAAAGUGCAUACAAUGUUUCAAACUGGAAUAUACAAUGGCAAUUAGUUUCUUUUAUCACC